GAGCGACUCCUUUUCUUGGAAAAGCGGCGGGAAGAGGGGCGAAGGUGGCUGUGGGGUAGCGAGUCGCGGCUCGGGGGCGCCGGGGAGGGGCGGGCGGGAGGAUGAGCUCCCCCGGCCCGGAGGGCGCAGGGAAGAGCCUGCAGUACCGAGUGGACCACCUGUUGAGCGCCGUGGAGAGCGAGCUGCAGGCGGGCAGCGAGAAGGGCGACCCCACGGAGCGCGAGCUUCGCGUGGGCCUGGAGGAGAGCGACUUGUGGCUGCGUUUCAAGGAGCUCACGAACGAGAUGAUCGUGACCAAGAACGGCAGGAGGAUGUUCCCGGUGCUGAAGGUGAACGUGUCGGGCCUGGACCCCAACGCCAUGUACUCCUUUCUGCUGGACUUCGUGGCGGCUGACAACCAUCGCUGGAAAUACGUGAAUGGGGAGUGGGUCCCCGGGGGCAAGCCCGAGCCACAGGCGCCCAGCUGCGUCUACAUCCACCCCGACUCGCCAAACUUCGGGGCCCACUGGAUGAAGGCGCCUGUCUCCUUCAGCAAAGUCAAGCUCACCAACAAGCUCAACGGAGGGGGCCAGAUCAUGUUGAACUCCUUGCAUAAAUACGAGCCUCGGAUCCACAUAGUGAGGGUUGGGGGCCCACAGCGAAUGAUCAGCAGUCACUGCUUCCCGGAGACGCAGUUCAUCGCGGUGACUGCGUACCAGAACGAAGAGAUCACAGCUCUUAAAAUUAAAUACAAUCCAUUUGCAAAAGCUUUCCUCGAUGCAAAGGAAAGAAGCGAUCACAAAGACAUGAUGGAAGAAUCUGGGGACAGUCAGCAGCCUGGGUACUCCCAAUGGGGGUGGCUUAUUCCUGGAACCAGCACCCUCUGUCCACCGGCCAGCCCCCACCCUCAGUUUGGAGGCCCCCUCUCUCUGCCUCCCACGCACGGCUGUGAAAGGUACCCAUCCCUGAGGAACCACCGCUCAUCUCCGUACCCCAACCCGUACGCACACCGGAACAAUUCUCCAACCUAUUCUGAGAAUUCGUCUGCGUGCUUAUCCAUGCUGCAACCCCAUGACAACUGGUCCAGCCUUGGGGUGCCUGCUCCCCCCAGCAUGCUUCCCGUGAGUCACAACGCCAGCCCAUCCACUGGCUCUAGCCAGUACCCCAGCCUGUGGUCUGUGAGCAACGGCUCCAUCACGCCAGGCUCCCAGACAGCCGGGGUGUCCAACGGACUCGGAGCCCAGUUCUUCCGAGGCUCCCCCGCACACUAUGCACCCCUGACCCAUGCUGUCUCUGCCACCUCAUCCUCAGGCUCCCCUCUGUACGAGGGGGCUGCGGCAGUCACAGACAUUCCCGACAGCCAGUAUGAUGUCUCGGGCCAAGGCCGCCUCAUAACCUCAUGGACACCUGUGUCACCUCCAUCCAUGUGAACU